UUAUCACAACAAUCGGAGACCGUUGAAGUUCAUGGUGCUAGACAAAUCAGUCCACGCUUCUCCUUGGUAGCAAAAUGUCGGUGCUCGGCUAACUUUGGCGGUGCUGAUUGUGAACGACCACGAGAUAUUUGCGCAACCACCACUUGUGCAGCUCCGCGAAUCUGUGUUCCCUCUCAAAGUUCACCCCUAAGUCAGCAUGCCUGUGUCUGUCCCCUCCCAUGGACUGGACCUAACUGUGAUAGACUCUCCAGAUCAUCGAUUUCUAGCUCGCUAUCCUCCUCUGGAUCCGACGCCUGCUUCUCUGAUGCCUGUUUCCUUCAGAGGGAGAAAGGACCGCUUCAAUUCACUGGCGGUAGCUUCGUACACUGGGUGGUGGGAAAUCCAAAUGAAUACAAAAUUGAAAUUGCCUUCUCCAUCCGCACUCGACAGCAAAGUGGUCCACUCUUUGCGGUCAACUGGAAUGCUCUUCGCGCUUUUCGAAUUCACUUAGUCAACAAUAGCAAUCUCGCAGUUUCUCCCGUCGAUUUCACAACUGGAAAGCCAAUUAAUGAUUGGAUAGUUUCUAGCCGAACUCAAUUGGGUGACGGACAAUGGCAUCGUGUGAGAUUCGUAUUAUUUGCCUCAGCAACAGACUUGAAUGAUCUUCGAUGGUGGGUUGAACUGGCAAUCGAUGGUGCUCAGACCCACUCAAAACUGAUUAAUUGGUUACCUGGUGAUACUGAACGCCAAGACGUACUUUUUGGUGCUGAACUUGUUCAUGGAUUCCGACCACUAGCAGAAGUCUUCUAUCCAGAUAAUUGGAUGAAAAAUGAUCAAAGUGGACCCGUGGAUGCUGACUGGCCCCAAUUCGACUUUGCUGCACCCCCAGCAGUUUUAAGAUUUGGGUUUGUUGGCUGCAUCAAAGACGUCCUUAUUAAUCGGGUGAAACCACCUUAUCAAUUGGGAUUGAGUACACAGCAAGCGGUUCUCUCAGCCAUGCAAAAUCGGAAAUCUACUGUAGGCGCUUUAAGUGAUGAGGAUCGAGGUAUAGGCGGACUCUCAGUGCUACAGGUGGUUCGAAUUCAUAAACUUGAAUAUCAGUGUUCAUCACAAAAGACCUACGAAGGUUCCUGCGCCUAUGCACCUUGUCUUAAUGGAGGUACAUGCACUUCCCGUCGUGCUCUUGCUUUCACUCAAAUAGACAGGGGUCCUGCGGCUAUUAGGCCUUCUGAUUUUAAUUGUACUUGUCAAGCAGGAUUCCAAGGAUCGUUGUGUGAAGAGACAACGGACAUAUGUCGGUUACAGCCUUGUCUCAAUGGUGGCAAUUGCGAACCGGUGAAUGGAAAGUCAUCGGCAUACCAAUGCAUCUGUCCACAAGGAUUCAGGGGUGUUCACUGUGAGAAAUCUACCAAUAAUUCAAAUACCGCCUGCUCUAGAGCUGAAGCUGUCUUAACGGCUGUUCCUGGGGCGAAAUCAGUCCCGCUGUGUAACCAUGGCGCUGCUUGUUUGGACACUUCAGAAGGUCCUGCUUGUGUUUGUCCCUUAGGGUGGCGCGGUGGAAGAUGUGAAUACGAUGUGGAUGAAUGCCACAUGGCCUCUAUGGCCUACGCCGCUGCCUCGGCAGCUGCUGCUGAAACCGAAAAAGGUCACUAUAGAUAUCCCGAUUUGUCUGGACCUGUAAAUGACCCUCUCUGCAACACCUAUGGUUCACGUCGUGGUGUCUGCAUUAAUCUGCCCGGUUCAUAUCAAUGCAACUGCAGUCUGGGUUAUGCUGGCAGGAACUGCCAAAUACGGAAUCUCACACCCCUGAAACCAGACUCUAACGCUCUUGGCUUGACUCCAAUGCACGGAUACAUCAUUGCAGGCAUCUUCGCAAUAAUUUUCCUUGUUGCUGUGAUUACAGUGGUCAUACUCACCUGUUGUUUCCGUAGACGAUCACCUCUGACUAAUCAUUUUUACACAACUCGUAACGAUGGUCAGUCGAAUUCCUCUUUUUUCCCUGGAUGUGAAAAAAUGCUCGUGGCUGGUCUACUUCAGCCCCAGCAACAGCAGCAGGUGAAACUGCUCAGCGAUUCUGGAACUAGAAUGCUACCUGACGGAGGUGAUGGAUCGGUGACUUAUUCACCAACACGAACUCUCGGUGGAUCGAUGAUUCUGGGUCCUGGAAGGCCUUUACUCACACCGGAUAUUAAAAGGCAAUCUUCAUAUUUCAUGGAUGAAAAUGGACGACUUAUGCUUCUGAGGCCUAAUAGUGUGAUUGGAAGUAACGGUGGGCCUGGUGAACCCUUAAAAAUGGUCUAUCUUGGUGGAGGAACAAGUGGUACCAUGUCACCAGUACCAGUGGGUUACAUGCCAGCUACAACAACCUUGGCUCGUCGGAGUUUUAUCGACUGCGGUAUGCAACAUCGAGUCGCUCCCAUGACACCCCAACACCUUUCUCAAGUUCACCUAGCGCCUCAUAGUAACCACAUAGUCCACCUACAGCACCCUGGUUCCUCUUCUGUCCAUCAACAACCACGUCCUGGUUCAUCCAACACGAUGACAUCUGAUCGUAUUUCUCUGGGUUCGGGAUCUGAUCAAUUUUCUGUUCAAAGUGGUGGACCGCGUGGGGUUCAAGGACAGGCUAUGAUGUCACCCCAGUCGCAAAAUCAGCAGACGCCCUCUUCUGCUCAGCAACAGGUCUUUUAUGUGUAUCCUCAGUCAACGACUACUACGCGACCAUCGCAGUUUAUUCUACCCCACCAGAUGCUCCCUUCGGAGGCUCCCCCAGUUGUGUUCUAUCGACCAGAGGGGAAUAACAACAGUGUGGGCAACUUAUCCGCCUCUGGCCGUCCACCUUUGAAAGAUCAGCGUCUAAGUAUGAUUGGAACACACAAGGCUGGAAGGGUUAUUAAUUACCAAUCACAAUUGAUCCCCCUUCAAGUUAUCCCAAAUGGACCCACAAUACGACCCGCAGCAUCCCUAAACUUUGUCCAGAAUAUUCGUCCACGUGCCAUCUCACCACCCACUGUCCAAUCACACCCUUAUUGGGCGGAGUCUACGCUCUCUUUACUACCUCCAUUACCCCCUUCGGCUCUAGCAAAUCAACUUACCGCAGCACACCAAAAUCCAAGAACUUCGCUCUAUCGAAAAGCAGCCACUAGUAAUGCGGAUCUUCGUCGUCCCAAUCGGUUAAUUAGACAAAGGAACUCGUUAGUAAUUGAUGGUGAGCCUCUAACCAGAGACCUUAGAGCAACUCAGAGACCGCAAUCAGUUUGCACUCCACUUCUACUUGCAAAUGGAAGUGGAGAAGCUUGCUCCAAUCCUGCAGAAGAUCUCGAAAAUAAUAUGCACUGGGACAAUCAAGCAGGAUCAACACCCUCCAGUGCAUUUGUGAUAGCUGAGCCGCGUGGACUACAGAAAGUCCCAAUGAUGAGACAAACCCCUGUAAUAUCAGCAUCCCGACAGGAGUCUUUAAAUGGCUCCGCCAAUACCCUUGCUGCACCUAUUCUCGCCGCCGACUCGCAGCCACAUCAACCCUCAGCUGAUGGUACCCUCAAAGCUUCCCCUCGAAUCAAGGGAGAUAGAGAGGAACCUGCUUCUAACGGAGUCAAAACUAAUGGUCUCAAACCGCGUCCAUUGCCUCCUAACGUAAUCAUUGGCAAUGGCAAUGACAAUGAUACAUCGAAAAGUGACGCACUAAAGUCUAAUACAGACAACACAUAUCUCCUCAAACCCCUCUUGGAAAACUCCGAUGACGGUCAUGUCGGAACACUUAAGAAGCAGAAUCAAUAA